GAAGAUCUCGCUGUCAUUGUCACUUGUUAACAUUUUUUUAAAGGCUCUUAUCAAGGUCUUAUUAAAUAAGACCGUGCAUGGACUAUGUUUGUUUAGUUAUUCGGAGUAGCACAGCUGUUUUUACAGGGUAUAUAUAAAACCAAUUAGACCGCUAAAAAAAAAUAAAAUACACAUUUGAUAUUAAUCACUUCUGUUAAAAACGACAAAACUCUAAAGUUCAUGCAAUCCGUUUCUAUGUACAUAUUUCUUUAAAAAAAUCUUAAUAAAAAUGUCUAAUACUUUAGUUCAAUAUGUUCUCCUUAGAAGUGAUUUAUUAAAAGAUCUGGGCUGGUCUAUCGGAGCUCUUGUAGCUCAGGCAUGUCAUGCAUCGACUGCAGUUCUACAUAUAUUUAAAGAAGAUGAAUAUACUAUUCAAUAUCUAAACAAUUUAGACAAUAUGCAUAAAGUUGUUUUAGAAGUACCUAAUGAAGAAUCACUAAAUAAAAUAGCUGAAAAAUUAAAAGAAAAUUCUAUAUCCCAUAAACUGUGGAUUGAACAACCAGAAAAUAUACCAACAUGUCUAGCAAUAAAACCUUAUCCAAAAGAUGAGAUAAAAAAAUAUGUUGGUAAAUUCAAACUCUAUAAAGCCACCAUGCCUAGUAAAGAUUUAUAAUGUUUGAUAAAAUAAUCGAAAUGUUGUAUUAGA